AUGUCAGGACGUGGAAAGGGAGGAAAAGGUUUGGGAAAGGGAGGAGCCAAGCGCCAUCGUAAGGUGUUGCGUGAUAACAUCCAAGGUAUCACCAAGCCCGCCAUCAGAAGGUUGGCCCGCAGAGGUGGUGUCAAGCGUAUCUCUGGCCUCAUCUACGAGGAGGUCAGAGGUGUCUUGAAGGUCUUCCUUGAGAAUGUUGUCAAGGAUUCCGUCACCUAUACCGAGCACGCCCGCAGAAAGACUGUGACUGCUAUGGAUAUUGUCUACUCACUCAAGAGACAAGGAAGAACCCUUUACGGUUUCGGUGGUUAA